UAGUGCUGGACAGUCAGGGCUAUGGGAGACUUCUCAACAGAUGAAGACUGCCAUGUCAGGAUUUUGUUGGAGCAGUUUUUUCUUUUUCGGUAGAUGUGUGUGCGUGUGUGCAUUUGCCGUUCCCAGGGUGGGAUGGUGCUGGGAUGGAAGCAGAGGGGCCGCCCACCCACCUGCUGCCACCUGUUCUGCUUUGGCUGCUGUUUCUAUAAAGGACUUCCUUGGCUGGUCCCUUAUGCUUAGCCACCAGCGCUAGCGACUGAUGAAGGACCGAGAAGAUUUUCCUCCUCUGAGCUUCAGAAUAACACAGCAUCACUAUAGAGAGGAGAUUGCCCUGAAGGAGAGCAACUCAGGCCUUCUCCUUGUUGACCCACUGUUAAUGAAGUCUACUGGAUCUGGCUUUUUUGGGGAAAAUAAACAUCAUUUAGGCUAUCUAUAGGAACUCUUUUGGAUUAAAUGAACUUUUCAUUCUCUCUGCCUGCCUCUCUCUUUUGGUCCUGCUUGUUUCCUUUUUGAUGCUGAGCUGAAAGAACGGAAGGAUCAAAACGUCUGAACAACUGCUGGGCAUACUUUUGAUUCCAGAAGAAGGUGCCAAAAGGACAAUUUCAAACUCUAGUGCUUUUAAUCAGUUCUGGGAGGAUGUUCUUUUUAAAGAUAAGUCCAUCUCAUUGAACAUUGGAUGAGGCUGGUUCCAAUCUUUAAAAAAAAUUGUAACGAAACCAAAAACGCCUUUUUUUUCCUCUGCAUUUUUAUUGUGUGCUUCUGCUGGAGUGCGUCUUUCAUUACGCAGAUAUCCCCACAUGAAACCCUGCAAACUCAGUAACGGUAUGGAUUCUGAAUCGGAAGCUGACAUCCAGUGCAGAAACGGGGCUGCCUGUGCUGCCAAGUGUGGCUCUGAACGCCUGGAGAACGUUGCCAAGCGCAGGCUUGCUGCGAAUGCCAGGGAGAGGAGACGGAUGCAGGGGCUGAACACAGCCUUUGACCGUCUACGCAAGGUGGUCCCCCAGUGGGGCCAAGACAAAAAGCUCUCCAAAUAUGAGACCCUCCAGAUGGCCCUCAGUUAUAUCAUGGCGUUGACAAGGAUCCUUGCCGAAGCCGAAAGGUACAGCGCAGAGAAAGACUGGAUUAACUUCCACUGUGAGCAUUUCCAUCAGGAGAACUGCCACCACGAGUAUACAGGACAGAAGGCCACUGGGGAGGUGGACCCUUAUGCACAGAGACUUUUCAGCUUCCAGCCUGAUCACUACUGAAUGGACAGAGUAGUGUGAUUUAACAGGCAUUUCUGAUCUCUCUCUCUCUCUCUCUCUCUCUCUUUUCUCUCUCUUUCUAUCAGUCAUCUUUUUAAGUACGAGACAAGCUGUAUAAGGUAAUCUUUGGUGUUUCUCAUUUUUUUGCCUGUUACAUGUUAGUUUCAUUAGAGGAAAGCAAUUUGGAAGCAUUUCAAAUGCUCUUUGUCCAUACAUCACAUCUGUGCCCCCCUCCCAUGAAAUGUUUAUGACAUAUGUUGUGUUGCAUCCUACCAUUUAAGACAUCAUUUUUAAUUGCUGAUACAACUCCAUGUGCUUUAAAAAUAUGAUGUAUCAAUGAAUGUCAAACUGGACACAGAACAGUAUUUAGGCUGCUUGUUAAACCCACUGAAGCCAUCAUGGACUAAAUAUAAUCCUCUUUCUUCUUUAAUUCCUUCUUUGAGGAUGUUAUGUAUUUCCAUCCGAUGAAUUGUACAUCAUGAUACGGAAAACAGAAAUCAUGCUGUUUGAUCCUCAGAGCAAUAACUUCCUUAAACUUUGUAAGUUUGCUGAAAUUGAUUUUCCAGACUAAAUUGUGCACUCACAGUUUCUCUGGGGUAUGCUCAGAAUAGAGCUAAUUUCAAAUAUAGUAACUAGAGUGUUUAUACAUUCUUUACGCUAGUAGUAAAGAUAAAUUAGUCUGUGUGACACAGGGAUAAAAAUAAUUGCAUGAAACUAUAUAGAUACAAUGUUAGAGUGUGUGAAUUAUGCUGAUGCUGUGGUUUUUUUUUACAUUGUUCUGUUUCCUUGAAGCCAUAAGAAAUUUAAUAAGCUAAAAAUAAACAUUUUUUAUCUUACAAAAUA